AUGAGUAUAGACAUUGGGAAGGGGCAUAACUCCCAUAAAAACAUGAGUCUAGACAUAGGGAAGGGGCAUAACUCCCAUAAAAACAUGAGUAUAGACAUUGGGAAGGGGCAUAACUCCCAUAAAAACAUGAGUAUAGACAUAGGGAAGGGGCAUAACUCCCAUAAAAACAUGAGUCUAGACAUUGGGAAGGGGCAUAACUCCCAUAAAAACAUGAGUAUAGACAUAGACAAGGGGCAUAACUCCCAUAAAAACAUGAGUCUAGACAUUGGGAAGGGGCAUAACUCCCAUAAAAACAUGAGUCUAGACAUUGGGAAGGGGCAUAACUCCCAUAAAAACAUGAGUAUAGACAUAGGGAAGGGGCAUAACUCCCAUAAAAACAUGAUUCUAGACAAAGGGAAGGGGCAUAACUCCCAUAAAAACAUGAGUCUAGACAUUGGGAAGGGGCAUAACUCCCAUAAAAACAUGGGUCUAGACAUUGGGAAGGGGCAUAACUCCCAUAAAAACAUGAGUCUAGACAAAGGGAAGGGGCAUAACUCCCAUAAAAACAUGAGUCUAGACAUUGGGAAGGGGCAUAACUCCCAUAAAAACAUGAGUCUAGACAUUGGGAAGGGGCAUAACUCCCAUAAAAACAUGAGUCUAGACAAAGGGAAGGGGCAUAACUCCCAUAAAAACAUGAGGCUCAAUACAAACAGUGUCCAGUUGUUCAAAAGAUGGUUAGGGUAA